CGUCUGCCACGCGAUCUUCAACAUAUCGAAGAAGCGGCGACCUUUAACCCUAGUUUCUCGGCUCCCUACCAGAGAAGAAGCGACCGCCGCCUCCGCCGAGAUGGGCCGUGUCCGGACGAAGACCGUGAAGAAGUCCUCCCGCCAGGUGAUCGAGAGGUACUACUCGCGCAUGACCGUCGACUUCCAUAUGAACAAGAAGAUCCUCGAGGAGGUGGCCAUCAUCCCAUCGAAGCGGCUGCGCAACAAGAUCGCUGGGUUCAGCACCCACCUCAUGCGCCGGAUCCAGCGGGGUCCCGUCCGCGGGAUCUCCCUCAAGCUCCAGGAGGAGGAGCGCGAGCGCCGUAUGGACUUCGUCCCCGACGAGUCCGCCAUCAAGGUUGACCACAUAGAGAUCGACGGUCAGACCUUCGACAUGCUUGCUGCCCUUGGCAUGGCUGACCUCCCCGGUGUCGAGAAGCAGGCCGUCGCCUCCGCUCCGCCCGCCUACUCGUCCCGCCCCGUCGGCGGCUACGGCCGCAGACUGUGAGAUUGCUUCAUCUCAAGCUCAUUCGUCCUUUUAUAUUACUUAAAUCUGGAGGAUCCAUAAGUUUGUCAAUUUAAACGUUUUGAAUUAUUUACUCGGACUAGUUUAAAUGUAGCUUUAUUGGUUCUACUUUGAUCUCGAACUUGACUUGGAUGUUGGAACUGCAGUAUCAAUUAAUUUGGAGUUUCAUAUAA